AUAAGUCGCCCAAAGGCGUUGGUUGACAUAUUUCAAAGCUCCAAGUUCACUAUCUUGGUUCGUCCAUGAUACUUUAGAGCUGAGCAGAUCUAUCCUGCCCAAUUACAUCCAAAGAUAAAGAAGCUUGCAACCAACAAUACCUUCCCAAAAGUACUUAUUCAUUAUAUAUACCUCCCCAACUCACCAACUUUGCUUGAGAUACAAUCACAGCAUUGAGAUGUGAUAGCUUAUAUCGCGACAAGAAGAUUUCACAAUGACCAACAACAUUGUUGUUCUCGGCGCCGGCGUCUCAGGCCUGACCGCCGCCCUGCUGCUAUCCAAGAGCAAAGGCAACUCCAUAACUGUCAUCUCCAAACACAUGCCCGGCGAUUAUGAUAUCGAGUACACUUCGCCCUGGGCUGGCGCCAACAUGCUGCCCAUGGCCCCAGAGUUUGACAGCAGGUGGGAGCGCAGGACGUGGCCUGAGCUGAACCGUCUCGCCGACGAGGUCCCCGAGGCCGGUAUUCACUUUCAAAAGAGCCGCGUCUUCAGACGCAAGAAGGACAUUGAGGCCGGCGGCAACCCGUACGACGCGCUCUACGCCGUGGACCCGUGGUACCGCAACGUCCUCCCAGACUACCGGGAACUGAACAAGGACGAGCUGCCGCCCAAUGCCUACUCCGGCUCCGAGUUCACCUCGGUCUGCAUCAACACGGCGCUCUACCUGCCCUACCUCGUAGGCCAGUGCCGCAAAAACGGCGUCGUCUUCAAGCGCGGCGACAUAGCCCACGUCAACGAGCUCACGGCGCUGCACCACUCGGGCCAACCCGCCGACAUCAUCGUCAACAGCUCCGGGCUGCUAGCGUGCAAGCUAGGCGGCGUGGAAGACAAAAAGGUCGUCCCCGCGCGCGGGCAGGUCGUCGUCGUGCGCAACGAGGUCGAGCCGAUGGCGACCAUCUCCGGCACGGACGACGGGCCGACCGAGGUGUGUUACAUGAUGACCCGGGCGGCGGGCGGCGGGACGAUCCUGGGCGGGACCUACGACAAGGGCAACUGGGACGCCAACCCGGAUCCCAACAUUGCGAUCCGCAUCAUGAAGCGGUGCGUCGAGCUGUGCCCUAGCUUGACGGGCGGUAAGGGCAUCGAGGCGCUGAGCAUCAUCCGCCACGGCGUCGGUCUACGGCCGUACCGCGAGGGCGGGCUCAGGCUUGAGAUUGAUAAGACGACGUUGGCGGAUGGGACGCCCAUUGUGCAUCAUUAUGGCCAUGCUGGAUGGGGGUACCAGGGGUCGUAUGGUACGGCUGAGGGUGUCGUUGAGUUGGUGAACCAGAUUCGGGCGGGUAAGGGUGAGAAUUUGGCUGCUGAGCCCAAGCUCUUUUCCUGGGACCGGCCGAGCAAGUUGUAAGCUUGUUGCAUGGUGUGAGGUUAGAUUUGAGUUUUUGAAUGGCCAUUGAGUUAUAUGAAGCGAAUAAAGAAUUAGAAGAAACAAUAAUACGCAGUAAGCUGAAGUUGAC